AUGGCUUCAAAGGAUGACAAGGCGUUCAAGUAUCGCCAGGAGAUCAGCCAGCGUAUGGCUAGAUAUCAUCUUCACCUCCAUCACUGGUAUCAAAAAAGCUACUUCGAAAACACUCUACUCGGCCCAAGAGAGACAUCUACGCCAAUGAGGAGCAGGGAGGAGCAAUCGUUUGUGAGAUGGAGAUCUCACUUCGAUCGAGAUGGAGGCGGCUGCCUCGUGAGCCAACUCGUCGGAUGCCUUGAAAUGACUCUCGGCAUCUUUGAACAAUGCACCAAACCGCUGGCCGAUGAUAGCAGCGCCGAGUCUGAGACUAUUACGAAGAAACCGAAAUACCCCAGGCGCUCUAGAGCAAAGGCGGCGGUCACUGCGCGUGUCCAGCGCCAGAGCAUGGAGCUGUUUCAGUCCGCCUUCGACCAAGUUCGUGGCAUCGUGGUCAACUCCGGCUUUAAGUCCAUCCUUGAUCUCCCGUAUGGAGAAGAGAAGAAGCAAAGGGUCACGCGUCCAGCGCCAAACAAGCCUGCUUUCGUUUUGCCUCAGCGUUUGAAUAACCAGGGGCCGUAUGGCUGGUCAGACCGUCUUACUAAUGUUGCGCGCAAGAUGAUGUACGUCUCUGGCGAGACUGCCGAACCGUCGAUUGAGACAACUAGCAUGAUUGAGGACAUUGUGCGCCAGCAAGUUAUUGAGCUGCUUGCGGCUCGCCGCGGCGCCCGAGCCAUCACGAUUAAUGACCUGAUCUUCCAAAUCCGCCACGAUCAAGCUAAAGUUUCUCGUCUGCGUACGUUCCUCUCAUGGAAAGAUGUCCGGAAGAACGUCAAGGAUUCCGACGACAAGGGAGGUGAAGCGGACCUGGGAGCUGGUGAAGAUCCCAGCGGUGGCGUGGUCCCUGGUGGCCCGGUCGACGACGCUACCAAGAAGAACAAAAAGGCCAAGGUCGGCCUGCCCUGGGAACCGUCCUCAUUCUACAGCCAGGAAGUCCCUGAGCGUGACGACGAGGAGGAUGAAGAAGAGGAGGAGAUGAACUUCAUUACCCUUCAACGUCUUCGCAAGGCCGACGAGCGCACAAAAGCCAUGACGAAGGAGGAGUAUGUGACAUGGUCCGAAUACCGUCAAGCUUCGUUCACGUACCGCAAGGGCAAAAGAUUUCGAGAGUGGGCUGGAUUUGGUAUUGUCACAGACAGCAAACCUUCUGACGAUAUCGUUGAUAUCUUGGGUUUCUUGACCUUCGAGAUGGUCCAGACCCUGACUGAGCACGCGCUCAAGGUCAAGGAGCAAGAGGAUCUAUUCAAGGCACAGAGCGGCGGUGAAAAUGCAGGAUCAAAGAAGCGCAAGGUGGCCACCGGCCUGUUCGACCCGCCGAGCGAGGGAAGAAGUCCCAUUGAGCCUCGUCACGUUCAGGAAGCCUUCAGGCGCCUUCAGCAGCGACCCAAGAAAACUCGAGCCAUGCUCAACGGAACCAGGCUUCCACAGCAUACCGCGCUCAAUAUUGUACGUUUACUCUCAAUUAAGCAGAGUAUUCCCGCUAAUCUUCUUCUAGUUCUGAAACACUUUCCUCGAUCGCAUGCCGGCUGCUGGUUCCAUGUCUUCUUCUUCUUUCAACGGUUGUGUCGACUUCACCCUAACUUCUCCUUUGGAACAAUGCAACGAUACCCACGGGUGGACAGGUGGACUUGGCGUUUUGUUUUCCCGUUAUUUUGA